AAAAGCGGCACAGUGGUGGCGGGACAAGAGAAUAGCAAGAAGAGAGAGAGCAAUGGCUGCCCGCGGCUCAGAGGCUGAGGUCUGAGCGCAGAGAGCGCCACAUGGAGGCGGUGCUGAAAAACUUGGCGAGCACGGCGGAGCUGCUGGCCGUGGCGGCGCAUUGCGAUGUGGUGGAGCACUGGGAUAAACAAACUCUGUCCAGAGCUUUUCAGUGGGCCCUGUACUGCGAGCACGUCUUUUCCAGGUUUCACAAUAACCCCUCGGUAAGGAGGAUUAUGGAGAAGCAGCUCCAGCUCACAAAUCAAAGUUUGCGAGCCGCCCUCCCUGGAUACACAGGAGUCUCCUUCUCGGACCUCUCACGGUGCCAGCACCAGUUGCUCGUUGGACUGUUGAACAACCCCAAGCUGCCCAGCUCCAUCAUGAAGAUACUGUUUGACAGCAAGAGCCCUGUAGACACCAAGCAAGGUGAAUGUCAGGAUGUCACCGGCAUCUGCAGCCACAUCAUUCAGUGCAAAUCAGCGUGUGAAAUCCUGAGUCCCCUCACAGACUCGUCAGCUGUUGGUGCUGAUGCUGAGGUGCAGGGGGGGAUGCUGAUCGAGAGACUGGGUGUUUUGAUGAGCCAAGGCAGCGAAGCCUACAGGGCAGAGCACUUUUUAGACUUUGUCCUCCAGGAAUGUGAAGGAGCAGCAGAACAUUUCUGUCUGCUCAUCGCUGCAGCUCUGCUGAAAAAGAAAAUCUCAGCUGCAGAAACUGCUUCACAGGGUUUUCUCUUGGACUGGCUGCAGAACAAACACAGCAUGCUGGAGCACAUGUGUUCUGCACUGCCUACCUCACUUCUUAUGGACCUGGCUAAAGAACACCAGAAAUUUAGAGAUACAUACUGUGAUGUACUGAAAAAGUGGGCCUCUGAGAUGGAGUACAGCAUAAGUGACGGUGAAUGGGUUCAAAGCAGCACAAACCCCACAGCGUCCUUCCAGAGACUGACUGAGCACUUUCUGGCUUUGUUUGAGACUUGUCCCUCUCUGAGGGACGAAGUAGAAAAAGAGCUAAAGGCUUUGAAGAUUUCUGAUGGAGACUUUGAUGUCAGAGGUCUGAGUGUGUGGGGAGACCUCUUGUCAGCAUUAAACAAGUGACAGUUAGUCUGGGGGUUACUUUAGAGCUGGGAAAACAUGACCAGAAAACAGCCAAAUGUAUACGUCUAUUUAUACCCUCAUGCAGUGUUUGACUAGGACUGGGUGUUAAACCUUAAUGUGUCCAAUAAAAAUUAUAAAAAUUAAGAAUGCUUACCUUUGUGACUGGAAGUAUGUUGCAGUAGACUGAUUCUCACAGUAUAAAUACUUU